AUGCAGAAUUUGCAUUUGUCAGAUGACCCACCCUGUAACUUGGUGUUAAAGAACCUGUGUGAAGCUUUCUUACUGGAGAGAAAUCAAAAAGCUUCUUUGGAGUCAGAGGCUCACUGCAGUCUGCACUGUGAGAAACUCAAACUCUUCUGUCUGGACCAUCAGCUGCUAGUGUGUCUUGUUUGUAGGGAUUCAAAAAUACACAACAAACACAAAUUCAGAACCAUCGAAGAAGCUGCGGAGGAUCACAGAAAAGUGCUUCAGGUGUUACUACAGCCCUUAAAAGAGAAACUGAAGCACUUUAAAAUAGUUAAAGGAGACUUUGAUCAAACCAGAGAACACAUUAAAGUCCAGGCCCUUCACACAGAGAGGAAGAUCAAGGAGAAGUUUGCAAAAAUGCACCAGUUUCUACAAGAAGAAGAAAAAGCAAGAAUCACUGCUCUGAGGGCAGAAGAGGAGCAGAAGAGUCAGAUGAUCAAGGAGAAGAUGGAGGCUCUGAGCAGAAAAAUAGCAGCUCUUUUAGAUGCUAUCAGAGCCACAGAGGAGAACCUGAGAGCUGAAGAUGUCUCAUUUCUGCAAAACAUCAAGCCUGCAGUGAACAGAGUCCAGCAGCGCACCCAUGUGGUCUCAGGAGCUCUGAUAGAUGUGGCCAAACACCUGGGCAACCUAACCUUCAACAUCUGGAAGAACAUGAAGGAGAUGGUCUCCUGCACUCCAGUGAUUCUGGAUCCAAACACAGCUCAUCAACAACUCAUCCUCUCAGAAGAUCUGACCAGUGUGAGUCUCGGUGAGAGACAGCAGCUUCCCAACAAUCCAGAGAGGUUCGACCACCAUCCAAUUGUUCUGGGCUCCGAGGGCUUCGACUCAGGGACUCACAGCUGGCAUGUUGAGGUUAGAAAGGAUGGGAUCAGGUGCCUCGGUGUGCUAAUAGAGUCUGUUAAGAGAAAAGAACAAUUACAGACUGGAUUCUGGGAAAUAUGUCUCCAGGAUGGACAAUACACAGCAGCUGCUCCACCACUUCCUGAUAAACUUCUCUCAGUGAAGAAGCUCCAGAGGGUCAAAGUUCAGCUGGACUGUGACAGAGGGAAACUCUCAUUCUUCGAUCUUGACACCAGCACACACAUACACACCUUCAAACUCAGUUUCACUGAGAAGCUGUUUCCUUACAUUGGCACGCACAAUAAAGUACCAAGGAAGAUUUUACCUGUGACUGUGAGAGUGGAACAGCACACGCCCUCUUUAUCUACAGGUUUUUGGUUUAGCUAG